AUGCUUCAAUUAAGUGACGUUUGCAUGAACUAUAAACUGUAUUUGUUUUUCUCUCUCCUCAGUGGACACCACGAACUGUACAGCUUGAAUGAGAUGCCCUACUCGGUUGGAACGAGUUACUCAUUCAUUUCAAACAAUUUGCGGUGUGGCACUGUGGAUUCUGUUAUCAUUCCUAUGCCUCAACGCGAUCAAAUGUUGACCUCAAAAGUGAUCAUUCCUCUGAAGUCGGCUCGUGAUGGGUCCCAUUCUCAGUCUACACUAAUUGGUACGGCAACAGAUUGGGAAAUAAAAUGUAACCCCAGAGGACCGGCAGAACGUCGGCUGAGGACAGCCUCCACAUUGAACAGACUGCGCAGUUCACUUAGCAGUGACGCCGUAAGGCUGGAGUUCAUGUCUACCUCCGCCCAAAACGAUUCCUCGUUGGACCAGUUCAGUUCGCGAGAAUCAUCGCCUUCAUCUUCUUCUUCCGUACCCCUGUCCCCGGCCAGCUCGGCAAAUGUACCUCUUUUGCAGAAGACUCGCAGUAAAAGUGUACAGCGUUUGAUCAGUUCCAGGUUGACAGAUCGUUCUGACGCCAAAACCAAUACAAAAAAACAGAAGCGCAACAAACCAGUGAAAACCAGAGGAAAUUUGGACUACUUCACAUGUGGAACAGUUUUAAAACCGGUGACCUCGCCUACAAACUCUAUUGGGCAUACAGCACGACGUAUGUGGACUGCUUUAGAGAGAAAAUUUAGUCAGAGUGGCAGCAGCACCGGUGGCGGCCACAAUCAGCAUGCCCGAAUGCUUCAGAGCAGCUCAGACAACGGAUUAGACCAGAUUAAUGAGCACCAAAGGUCACCGGAAACGUUCGAGCUUUGUGUAAAGAAACGCGAUGGAAGGAAUACACGCCUGCUGGAAAUGUUGGCCAAAGAGGGUAUAAAUGUGACAGACAUUGAUGACUAUGACCACGGGGAUCCUUGUGAACGUUUACUUUCGAAAUCUUCGGGGCUGGUUAGGCACGACCAGAUGUAUGCCACAAGAACCCUACCUCAUUCGAAGUCGCUCAACUUCCCCCGAGAGCACUGCUAUCCCUGGCAAGGUCUGGACAAACCGAACCCGCUUGUUGAACCGUGUGCCAAGGAAAAAGUGAACCCAUGUAAAAAGCUCACCAGUGGUUCCUCUAUUGCACAUUGUUGCAAACAUUGUCAUCAAAUGCACUCUGUGGUUGAAAUAGAGGAGAACGCGGGAUCAAGACGGCUCAAACCAAUCUCCUCCGCGGUUCCCUGUAGGUGGCGCCAUUCGACAUCCUGUCCCAUUCGUCCAGACACAAUCGGGCAUUCUGGUGCCCCGUGUCACCUGCAAACGUUGAGUUCACAGUGUUACAUUCCAAAAUAUGCGCUUCACGUGCUCUCACACAGAUAUCCGAUUCCCGAAAUUCGAGAGGUUGUGCUCACGCGACCUGAGGGUAUGCACCGAUUUGGGAUGCGAAUCGAAUCGAUUGGUCGAGGAGUGUAUCUGACCACAGUGUUAAAAAAUUCACCGGCCGCUGCAGCUGGACUCAAAGUGGGUGACGAGUUGAUCCAACUGAACGGCUUUCCCGUAGCCAGUCUAUCCACACACACAAUCAUGGAAUUGGUUCGUUCUACCCCGCACAACUUGCAUGUCGCCUAUCGUCCACGUCUUUCUUUUGGUUUAUUUAAACAGGGCCUAUUCGUGGAUGUGGUCCUUCCGUAUUCCGCGGCCAGUCAGGCAGGUAUCAAAGAGGGAGACGAACUUCUUAGAGUCAACAAUCAAUCCGUUAAUGGUUGGAGCCAGGAUUCCGUAUCUCAAAUGCUACGCGAAAUUCCGCCUGAGCAAACUUUAAAAUUGUAUGUUAAACAACUUUUACCCCUGCGAGAGUUGAUCCAAAACGCCCGCGUGGAAGAGACAGUACGCUGUUCGAACGCGUGUCAAACGCACGGGACAAGCGCAGCGGCUAAAUCCAACUGGGCGCAUUAUCAAGCUCUAACUGCGGAUUCCCUUCCUCACCAUUACGAUUCACUUAUUCCCGAUCUGGGUCGCGACAACUGCCACCCUGAUCAGGAUUCACAUUGUCAUCAUCUUCCGGACGGACAGCAGCGCACUGUGGUCGGACAAACGGCUGUGGAUGCAGUCGAAAAUCCUGGUGGUUAUCAAGGUAUUCAAAAACUCCUAAUCGAUCCGCUUGCGGAAGUUUCACAUUCAACCACCAGCGGCGUGGGUGGACAGGUCACUAAUCAUCAUGACCUAAUGGACAGUAACGGAACUGCAUCACACUCCCCAUUUCGAAUGAUUAACAGUCUCAGUGACUGGACAAUCGGACAAAACGCAAAUGAACCCUCGGGUGAUAUCUGA